CCUCCUCCCUCGCAAGAAGGAUCUUGUGCUGCAAAAUCCAGAGCCCCCAGAACGCGAACGGAGAAGGCGACGACGACGUCGACGACAAUGGCGAAGACGACCGAUGGAGCGACCGAUUGAGAAAGCGAGAGAGCGAGAGAGGGCUUGGGGCUGUAACUGCGAGGCGGAUUAAAUUUAGUCGCGGGGUCAGCUCGAAUUGAUUUUGGCGUGGGCACUUGAAAUUCUGCCGAUUUCGCGUUGGCAGCGGACGCAGCGUGGGGCACCGGAAAGCAGCAAUCGAGGCCCCGAGCGAGGCAUGGGCGUCAUGUAGCAGCAGCGGAAGGAAGGAAGUGCGACCGGAAGAGAAGAGAAGAGAAGAGAGAGAGAGAGAGAGAGACAGACAGAAGGUACAAGGACAGAGGGAGCGAGCGAGGGAGGACGGGGCCACAGCACGACGUGCGUGUGUGCGGGGAAGAGGGCGCACUGCGUCGGGGAGUGUGGUGAGGUGUGGUGGUACCGAUGAGCGCGGUAAGCGCCUACUGCCAUCACCAACUCCGUAGGACUAGUGGGGCAGAGAUUUGCGACAGAAAGGUGAGGUGAGGUGAGGUGAGGUGUGGGGGAAGGGGGAGGGGAGAGGAGAGGAGAGGAAGGAAGGAAGGGGGCUGGGGGUGGGGCUGGGGCUGGGGGCCGUGGUAAAGGCAAGGCAUGCAGAGAGAAUACAGGACGGGACCGGAUGGGAUGCGAUGGGGCUGCAGUGGAGAGCGUAUGUAUGUGCAUAACUUGUUCCGCUCGGCUGCCGCUGCUGCUGCUGCUGCUGCUGCUCGGCAUACAAUCAAAAACAGUUGUGCUCUGAGCGUAGUGGUGGAAUCCGUCCGUCAACACUUGGCCCUCUGUCUUCUGUCUACUAGCGCCUUCCUCGCCUGGCGUGACCCGCUUUCCUUGCCUUGCCUUGUGACCUUCUUCGUCUUUUUCUUUCUAUACCCGGCCCACUCCCACGCCCACCCCCACGCCCACGACCCAGCCCAGCCUAGCCCAGCCCCGCCCCAGCCCCAUCCCAUCUCAUCUCAUCCCCCGCUUUGCCUCCCUCCCCCGGCAGCCGGGCAGGCAGCAGCAGACAGCCCCAUCCAUCCCAUCCAUCAUCGUCCCCCCCUUGCGCCACUGCUCUGCUGCUUUCCUUCCUUCCUUCCUUCCCCUUCCUUACUCUGCUCCUUACUCUCCUUCAAGUGAAGAAGCUGCAGAAGAAGCUGAACAAGAGAAGAAGUUGAAGCAGAAGAGAACUACCAGCCGGAUGUCUGUCUGUCUGUCGUUCUGUCUGACAAUACUCGUGAAUUUCCAGCACCCCGACUAGAUAGCCUGCACAGAGAAACGUCCCGAGUCGAAGAAUGCUCUAUUAACUCACCUCCGCUCUCUCCUUCUCCUCCUCCUCCUCCUCCUCUACCUCUCGCCCCGCCGCUCGCCAUCACGCAUCUGUCUCUCUCAGUCUCUCUCUCGUCCCACCUCUUCUUCUUCUUCUUCCACUACUGCAACACUCGCAUCUCAUCUCAUCUCUGAUCGAUUGACCGACUGACGUGACCGCCCGACCACACCAGAGUGCCUCUUGGUUUCGUCUUUACUUCUUCUGCUGCUGCUCCUCCUCACACUCGUCGCACCAUUGUGCUGUCUCACAAUCUCCUCCAAUCCUCGAUCACUCCUGCUCCCGUGCGUCUGUCGAUGCUCUCGUCGUCCCGCGAGCGCGUUACAGCAGCUCGUUCUUGAACGUGAGCUGAAUUGAAAUUACGCACUACCUCGGUAUUCUUGCCUUCUUGUUGCCCAGCAGCAUCCGUCCGUCAGUCCGCCGGUGCGCGUUUUUCUUGGUUCUGCACAAGCACGCUUCGUGCAAUCCGCCUGUCGAGAAUUGCGCCGGGCUUGAGUCGCGGGAGGUUCUUGCCUCGCGACUGGCAGCUUCUUUGCGGGGGGAAUUGUUGGCUCCGAGGAUUCGCAGCUGGUCUUUGGGCAGUAGGAUAGCAUUUUAUGUUGAAUUCUUGCGAAUGCUGGAGUGGAACGCCUCGACAGCUCUUCGAUCGCCUGCGAUUGUGGCUCGCUGAUGCGAAAGAAUUAGAAUCGCUGCGCACUGCUCCCCGCGAGGCGCCGCUUGGACUUGGGCUCUAGCUGUAGAGGAGACGCGAGGUCUCGGGUUUUUAGCGCAAUUCGUAACGGACGGUACGAUAGCUCACAGGGAAAGCAGGAAGGAGCGGGCACGCAAAGAAGUGACCAUAGGGAUACAGGAAUUAUCAGGAGUUUCAAGAAUAUCUCACGAAGAGAUGGCCGUGCAAGCUCAAUACCCCUCGAAUGUGCUCGUACCCGAGUUCCGCAACAGGGCGCGGCCGAUUUUUGGAGGUGAAAACCGGAACUUCUUAGCACCUAGCUCGUUCCAACCGAAUUCAUUUGUGGAUGACUUCCAUCUGCAGAAUUCCUCGAAUGCGCCGACGAGCCAAUUGCGGCUCUUCAAUCCAUUGGUAGUUCCCAAUCAUGGGCACCAGGCGACGAUCAAUGCUUCCAUGUACUCAGAAGCCGACAAUGAGCUCGCCUGCAACCUCAUCGGGUCCAGGAAAAGGCCACGCGAGACGGAUGAGCUACUGUCCAAUUCCAGGCACCAAUUGAUGGCCGUGCCAGAUUUCCAUCAAAGUCACGGAUCUGGGGCCGUGGUUCUUCCUCAGUCGAAUUCCGUCUCCACCGGUCUCCGCCUCACCUUCGAAGAUGACCGGCUGAAUUCCGCCUCAUCGCCUUCCACGAGCGGGAGGGGCGAAGUCACUUCUUCGCUGUACUCCGUCGUGGGCGAGGAAUUGAGCUCUCAAUUGGUCCAGCAGAAGGAGGAAAUCGACCAGUUUUUCAAGACUCAGAACGAGCAGGCGAGACAGCUUCUCGAAGAGAAACGGGUCCGCCACUCGAGAGCGCUGAUCGCAGCAAUCGAGGAAGGAGUGUCUAGGAGGCUUAGGGAGAAGGAUUUAGAGGUGGAGAAGUGCAAACGCAGGAAUAUGGAGCUCGAAGAGCACGCGAGGAAGCUCAAUCUGGAGCUACAUCUAUGGCAGAACAAGUUGAAGUCCAGCGAGGCACAGGUACUCGCAUUGAGAAGCAACCUGCAACAAGCUCAGCAGGCUGUGCAACUGAGCAGGGAACAGAGCAAGGAAGGAUGCGGGGACAGCGAAGCGGACGACGCUGCGUCCUCGCACCACGACGAUUUGGCCGACGCCCAAGCUCGGGCAUUCAGAGAGAAUAAGGAGCUCAAGGAACAGAGAACUUGCAGAGUGUGCCGCUGCAACGACGUUUCCAUCCUCCUCCUACCGUGCCGACAUCUUUGCCUGUGCAAAGAUUGCGAGGGACGAUCCACCACCUGCCCGCUGUGCCAAUCGCCGAAAAAUGCCAGUGUGCAAGUUUACAUGUCAUGAUGCACGAUCACCUCGAGAAUCUCCGUUGGCACCGUCACAUCGGGCAGAAGGGGCGAUUCGCACGUAGAUUGUAGUACCACUCACAGUAGCGCAGGAUAUGAAAAAAUUACUUACACAACUGUUUCUUAGAUGAAAGGUUACUUUUAGGAGACAAUGGUCAUACCCAAAUGUCAGAUCAGUCAGGGUACAUAUCGGUUCAGGCAUAUAUGGUGGCGGCAAUCGUCAUGGUCAAGACCAUUAUACAGCGGAGAUGUUUCAUUCACACGUUUACGCGUAGUUCUUGUAGUUUUGUAAUGGACACAUGUUUAUAAAAGUGUUCUUUAGUUUUAGUUCGAGGGACAUUUUGUUAUGACCAUACCAUCAGACGCGCACCUCUUGAUGUAUGGCAUUCUCUGUACAUGAAAAUUCUUUUCAGCCCCACAUCUUAAUUGUUUGCC